GACAGGAAAUCCUAAAGUUGGCCAAAUUAUCAAACUAUUCCGCUAGUUUUGUUCACUUUAAUUAACAGAAUAUGUCUUAACAAGUCGUACGAACCAGACGUGAACCUCCAGCAGAUCGCUGCUGCCGAGUGAAGCCAGAUAAACACUUUAUUCUCGGCGCCUGCGCACUGAAACGGACAGAAUAUCGAGCCGCCCUUCCUCCCCGCCAACUUGCACCGCAGGGUCGGGCGGACGUCGACUCACAACAACCCCGAGUUCAUUUACCAGCCUGUCUGGAUAUCCUCCGUGGCAAAAUGGAGAGCCCACAUCGCACCGAAAACGACUCUCCUCUGCUGCUGCCGUCUCUUCGCCUCUUCAUCCCUCCUCUGCGGCUGGUGUCGGCGGCCAUGUGGCAGGUGGUCCAGAGGGGGAACGUGCAGGACUACGGGAUGGUGGAGGAGUUCAUCAGCACCAUUUCAGAAAUCGUACCUGAUCUUCUGAAUGCGGAUCAGAAAGCUCAGCUCCUCCUGGGACUCAGAGCUCGGGUGGUCCUCGAAUUGUGUCGAGCCGAGCAGAUAACAGAUUCAGAGACCAUCGAGGUGCACCUGGAGCGGAUCAAGGCCCUCAUAUCCACGUGGGCAGCACAGCCGUGUUUCGCAGAGGUCGAGUUUCCAGAAUCGAACUUCGUGGAUCAGGUUGAGCUGCUGUUGAAAGACGCUGAAGAGAAGGAGAAGUUUUUCCAGGAUGUUUUUCCGACAGAUUUCGGGCCCGACUAUGACAGCGCUCUGCAGGUGCUGAUGCUGGAUUUCCUCUCAAGACUGGAGAAGCUUCUCCCGGUACCAGACAUUCAGCAGACUGCAUCCAUGCUCAGCGCCGUCCCAUCAGCCCUGGAGGAGUGUGUGCACUCCGUUCCCGACCCGCGGCACCUGAAAACGGUGCUGAUGUACCACACAUCACUCGGACACUUUGAUUUAUCUGAUGACUCGCAGACCAUUCCGUCUUCCUUUGGGAAUUGCAUCCUCUCUUCGCUGUCCCUCCCGCAGCUGGAGAAGGUUGUAAUCGACGCCGACCAAAUACAGCUACAGCCUCCGUCAGAGCAGAUGCAGGGCUGUAUGACUGUCCAGGUGGAGGGUGAAACUGUGACACUGUUGGACUACAUACAGAUCGAACCGCCGUCGGGUUUGGUUGAGACGGACGACCACGACGCAGAUGAAGUGAACAUGGAGGAAACCGCUGAAGAGGAUGUCAGUGAAGCCCUGAAGCCUGCAGCUUUCCAACCGCUGAAACAAAGCAAAAGGCUCCAGUUAAAGAGGAAAGGUUUGAAAGAGAACAAAGACUUGACAGUGAAGAGGCAGCGGAAAAAAUACCCCAGUAAUAAGACCUGUCCCGUGUGCAAUAAGGUUUUCCUUCGAGCUGCAGCCAUGAGACGACACCAGGAAACACACUCAGCCAAUCGCGAUCUCAAGUACAAGUGCGACAACUGCGACAAACGAUUCAGGGACCAUUACGACAUGAAGCGACACAACAUGCGCGUUCAUGAAAGGGAUGAGAUGGGCAACGGCUCUAAAGACGAGGACUCUGGAGAUCCGAGCACUUCCGAGACGUCAGAGCACAAAAACUGCGAUCUGUGCGGGAAGUAUUUUGCCCGUCGAGUGGACAUGGAUCGACACAUGAAGUCGCACUCAGAGGACCGCCCGUACAGCUGUCCGUUCUGUGAGAAGAAAUUCAAGAACCCUUACGUUUUAAAGAGACACCAGAAGGAGAUCUGCAAGAGCCGAGAGCUGAAAAGGGUGAAGAGGAGAGAGCCACAGCGCUCGGCACCUCCGCCGACACCAGAGGGGUCGACAGAGGGCAAAGCCUGUCCCAUCUGCAGCAGGAUCCUGCCGUACUCUGCCGACAUCGCCAAGCAUUUACGAUCUCACACGGAAGAGCGUCCCUUUAUCUGCAUCACCUGCGAGAAGGGCUUCAAGUACAAAGACACGUUGAAGAAGCAUCAGAUUAUUCACGGUCACGAGGGGAUCAGAGAGGAGGAGAGCAAGACGGUGGAACAGAUUCUGGCUGAGGCUGAUAAUCAAAAUAGUGCUGAAACAAGUAAAACAGAAAACAGUCCGGAUGCACCCGCAGAGGCUGCCGAGGAGUCUCCAUCUGCACCUGUGAUGAAAAAAAUCAACAAGAAAUGUCUUAAAGCGUGUCCUGUCUGCGCUCGAGCAUUCGAGAGUGUCAAGACACUGAACAGACACAUCCAGUGUCACACAGAGGACCGGCCGUAUCAUUGCAUCCACUGUAAGAAGCGUUUCAAACACAUGCACGGCCUGAAAAGACACCAGAUUUAUGCGAUUUGUCAUAGGAAAAUCGCCAGAUUCUCCUGGAAAAAGGAGCUGAGAGCGGGGCCGAGUCUUAGCGAAGUGACCAGCGCCGACCCUCAACAGGGACCGCCUCCAAAAAUACCCGUGUGGUGCUCAAACUGCGGCAAACACUUCGAAUACCCGGCCGCUUUGAAGGAGCACCAAGAAAACGUUUGCAAGGUGGAAGUGAGCGAAAUCAUGAAGUGCGACGACUGCGGGAAGGAAUUCAAGAGCAUGACGAUGCUCAAGGUGCACCAGAGGAUUCACGACCCGCUCUACUGCAAAGAGUGCGGGAAGAUCCUCGCCAACGAGGCCGCCUUCGAGAGGCACAAACUCAUGCACAGGCCGAUGCAGUGCACGAUGUGCGACAAGACUUUUACUCUACUGAGACGCUUAAGGGAACACUACGAGAAGGAGCACGACUUCAGCGGGCCGUAUCCUUGUGGACAGUGUGACAAAACCUUCAUGCAGCUGUCAUACCUCGCCAUCCACCAGAGGAUCCACAAAGGAGAGUUCCCCUACAUCUGUAACAUGUGUCCAGAGAAGUUCAGGUCCUCCAACUGUCUGACGGUGCACCAGAGGAAACACACCGGGGAGAAACCCUUCCUGUGCUGGCAGUGCGGGAAGUGUUACCGCUCGGCGUCGGAGCUCACCGUUCACAUGGGAACUCACUCCGAGGAGAGACCCUGGGCCUGCACGCAGUGCGACAUGGCGUACCGCACCAAACUGCAGCUCACCAACCACGUGGAACAGAUCCACAUCGGCGUCAGGUACCCGUGCAACAGCUGCGGGAAGCAGUUCAUGAAGGAGACGUCGCUGAAGAGGCACGAGCUCAUCCACACAGGCGAGCGGCCGCACCAGUGCACAGUGUGCGGCAAGACCUUCCUGACCGCCAACGAGCUCCGGCUGCACAACAGGUAUCACACCGGGGAGCGGCCGUACAAGUGCGAGGAGUGCGGCAAAGCCUUCAUUCAGUCGGGAUAUCUCAAGUCGCACAUGCGCAUCCACACGGGAGAGAAGCCGUUUAAAUGUGACAUCUGCGAUAAAGGCUUCCGGCUGUCGUACCACAUGAAGAAACACAGGCGGACUCACACCGGGAAGCCAAAGCUACAUAGCUACAUCUGUGAGGAGUGCGGGCUGGCGUUCCUCCAUAAAAAGUCGCUGUGGGAACACUCGCUCACUCACAAUGUGAAAAUCGAACCGUCGUUCGAUGAAGUGAGAAUUAUAGAGUUUCCAUAGAAAAUCCUUGUAGGAUGUCGAGUUGAGUUGUGAGCUGGUAUCAAAGUCACCAAAUACAUGUUGUUUCUUACAUUUGAAGUUGGUCUGAUGACCAGUUUGCAAGUUGGUGCUCUUCUUUUCCUUCUUUUGUUGCUUUACUGUUUGAAAUCAUCUGUUCCAUAAAACAUAUUGAUGAUCUAUGAAGAUGAUGUAUAUAUUUGCUGACAUGG